AUGAAGACGCUCCUGAACGCAGCAGCAGCUGCUGCUGCUGCUGCUGCGCUGCUGCUGCUGGCUUCCCCCGCGGCUGCUGCUGCUGCUGCAGCACCAGACUGCCCCCUCUGCCAGCUGCGUAGGCUCAAUGGUGGUCGCCCGUAUCCUGCCCAUGGCGCUGCGAACGAGCAGCUGCGGCUGCUGCAGCAGCAGCAGCAGCAGCAGCAGCAGGUGCUGCAGCAGCUGCAGCACCAGGGAACCACAAACCCAAAUGCUCUAAGCAGGAAUUUGCAGCAGCAGCAGCAGCAGCAACCACAGCAGCAGCAGCCGCAGCAGCAAGCUGCGCCAAAGGCAAUGACCCUAGCGGACUUUCAGAUGAUGCAAAAGGAAAAGCAGCAGCAGCGCCUGCAGCAGCAGCAGCAACAGCAGCAGCAGCAACAGCAGCAGCAGCAGCAGCAGCAGAGGCCCAAGGCCAUGACUAUAGCAGACUUUCACAAGAUGCAGCAGGAGAGACAGGCCCAGAAGCAACAGCAGCAGCAACAGCAGCAGCAGCAGCAGCAGCAGCAACAGCCAGAACGACCGCUUAAAACGAUGACCCUUCAGGAGUUCCAAAAGCAGCAAAGGCUAAGAGGACCACACAGUCAGCAGCAGCAGCAGCAGCAGCAGCAGCAGCAUCAGCACCACCAUCUGCCCAUGCCGCCUCAUCAGUUUGCACCGCAGCAGCAGCAGUAUCCGCAGCAGCAGCAGCAGCAGCAGCAGCCACCGAUGCUGCAGCAGCAGUACCCGCAGUAUCAGAACAACUAUCCGCAGCAGCACCUGCCGCAGCAGCAAUUCCCUCAGCACCUGCCGCAGCAGCAAUUCCCUCAGCACCCGCAGCAGCAGCAGCAAUAUCAGCCUUAUCCCUACCAGCAGCAGCAGUAUCAACCUUAUCCGCAGCAGCAGCAGCAGCACCCGCAGAACCCGCUGCAGCAGCAGCAGUACCAGCCAUAUCCCCAGCAGCAGCAGCAGCAGCAGCAGCAGCAGCAGCGUCCGCAGCUCCCACACCACCAGCCGAACUACCUCCAGGGCCCACAGCAGCAGCAGCAGCAGCAGAACUACCCGCAGGGCCCACAGCAGCAGCAGCAGCAGCCGAACUACCCGCAGGGCCCACAGCAGCAGCAGCAGCACAACUACCCGCAGGGCCCACAGCAGCAGCAGCAGCACUACCAGGGACAGCAGCAGCAGCCUGCUUUCCCGAUUCCGCAGCAGCAGCAUCCCCAGCAGCAGUUCCCCCAGCAGUGGCGUCCGCAGCCGCAGCCAGAGCAACAGCAGCAGCAGCAGCAGCCCCCGCAGCAGCAGCAGCAGCCGCAGCAGCAGCCGCCGGAAAAGCAGGAGGAAUUGCUCCCGCUGCUGAACCUGCCCUCUUGGCUGCCCAGCUGGCUGCACCCCUCCAGCAGCAGCAGCAGCAGCAGCAGCAGCGGCAGCGGCAGCGGCAGCGGCAGCAGCAGCAGCGGCCGCGGGCCUCUAGCGAAUAUCUUCGGCAACCUUCCAACCCCUGCUUGGCUGCCACUGCCCAGGAGCUCAGAUGCAGCAGCAGAAGCAGCAGCAGCAGCAGCAGCAACAGAAGCAGCAGCAGCAGAAGCAGAAGCAGCAGAGGAAGAUGACGCAACCGUGACGCUGCGACAGGCAGAAGCAGCAGAGCCGCAGCAGCAGCAAGAGGAGCAGCAGCAGCAAGAGGCGCUGCAGCAGCAACUUGAAGCACACCACUACAGGGACUUGCUGCAGCAAAAGCCCAGCCCCAUUACAGGCAUUAGCGACCUCAUUGAAUCUAUUCCGCAGCAGCAGCAGCUAGAGCAGCAGCUGGAGCAGCAGCAGCAGGAGGCGCCGCAGCAGCCAGAGCAGCAGCAACAGGAGCAAGAGGAGCAGCAACAGCAGCAGCAGCCCGAGCAGCAAGACGAGGCCGCGCAGCAACCGGAGGAGCAGCAGCAGCAGCAGCAGCAAGCCAGCGCAGCUGCUGCUGCUGCAGCGGAUACAGCCGCAGCGGAGGCACCUGCAGAGGAGCCCGCUGCAGCAGAGACAGCAGCAGAGCCUUCUGCAGCAGACGCAGCUGCAGCAGAGCCUGCUGCAGCAGAGGCAGCUGCAGCAGAGCCUUCUGCAGCUCAGGCAGCUGCAGCAGAGCCUGCUGCAGCAGAGGCAGCUGCAGCAGAGGCAGCUGCAGCAGAGCCUUCUGCAGCUCAGGCAGCUGCAGCAGAGGCAGCUGCAGCAGAGGCUGCUGCAGCAGCGCCCGCUCCGGCAGAACCAGCUGCAGCAGAGGCUGCUGCAGCGGAGGCUGCUGCGCAGUAA